GCAACAACACUUUCAAAUUCUGAGCUCCUUACAAUAAUCAAGUAUAGCUCUGUGAGGAUAGUGCUUCGUUUUGUUACUUAGGAACUCUAAGAUGGAUAUUCAAUCUCACUACGAAUCCAACGGUUCAGGUCCCGAGGAGGUUGCGGAUCGUCUCGCCGAUAACGGCCGUCGAUAUUCCCAAUUCCUUGCACAAAGCCUCAACAACAAGGCGUCAAUUCAGAUCUCCAACGGAAAUUAUGACGAGGCUAUUUCCGAUUUAUCGUAUGCCCUAGACCUUUCGACAUCGGAUCUAAAUGAGAAUGGGGAAACAUCUAUGUGUCCCUUCCAAGAAUUCAGUCUCGGAUCUUUCCUCAUGGUCGCACUGGAAAAAGAGSAAGAACAACACUUCUGUCUCGAUGUCGAUCGUCCUGCCGACAUUCAACAACCAGAAAGAUCAAGCUUCUGCAGCGAAAAUACUGAUCGCAACUAUGAGGACCUCGAUGAUUGCGUAACAAUGGAAGACAACGACGAAAGUACAUUCGUUGGUUUCGACGCUGCUACCAGCAACAUGAUUGAAAGUGGCGGCAGCCACCGCAAUCAAAGAUCAUCCCCCCUUUCUCGGGACAAAGCGCAAGAGUUGAUUUCUUUGAAGAGUAAUGAAGACAACGAACACAAAGAAGGAUUCAUCUACUCCUGUCCACUUUGUGUGAAUUCGCGGUGCAUCGCGGAAGGACAUAAUCUGGGAUUAGUACUGCCGGUAAUGAUAUUGUUCAACAUCGCAAUCGCCCACCACCUGAAGGCCAUCAGCUUAUCAAAAAUAGCUACCGCCGGUAGCACUACUGCCAUGGAAAGUUUCGAGAUGAUGCAGCAAGCCUCCAAGUUCUAUCAUCUCGCCUACGAACUGCAAAGAAAGAAGACUCUUCGGCGACAACAACACACAAAACGCAACAGCGACUGUUGGAACGAGGAGCACGUCUCGAUGCGAUUCAUGAUGCUCAUCACGAACAACCUCGGUCAGAUUCAUCGAUUUACGGGCAACCCCCACAAACAAACCAUGUGCUUGCAACACCUGUUGGGUGCGAUGUUGUACAUGUUUCACAAUUGCGACCGGACUGUUCUUACGCAGAAAGAACUGGACAGAUUUUUCGACAAUCUGGCCCCAGUGUUGGGGACAAAACGGUGCGCUCCUGCUGCGUAACAGAGGAAGUAGUCGAACAACCAUGAUGUAAUGAUUAUGGAUCAGUUAUGGAUCAAAAUUAGAUGCAUUCUCAGUAAUACAGUACGCACUUCUUUUUCAGCGAAUUGCAUACCCAAUUGAAGAAUCAAUUACUUCGUAAGCCAUUAUAAAUCUCCAAGGCAUGGAUACAAAGAAGAAUAUACAUGCUGGCUUGGUCGCACCUAAACAUUCUGUUUCAGACAUGACUGAAUGUUGAUUAUAUAGCAUCGUCCAUUCCCACUUUGCGUGCGCACGGCGCGAGACACCAGGUCGGGACCGAUCGUUACGAGUAAUAAUUGAGAAUCUCAAUG